AUGCCCUUGCCAUUUGGCUUGAAACUAAAAAGAACUCGAAGAUAUACAGUUUCAAGCAAGAGCUGUCUUGUCACUCGGAUUCAGCUUCUCAAUGGAGAGUUUGUGGAGUUUACGCUGUCGGUGGAGAGCACUGGACAGGAAUGUUUGGAGGCAGUAGCCCAGAGACUCGAGUUAAGAGAGAUUACGUACUUCAGUCUGUGGUACUUUAAUAAACAGAACCAGCAGAGAUGGAUAGACCUGGAGAAGGCGCUGAAAAAGCAGCUGGAUAAGUAUGGGCUGGAGCCCACCGUUUACUUUGGAGUCGUGUUUUACAUACCCAGUGUCACCCAGCUGCAACAGGAGAUCACAAGAUAUCAGUAUUACCUACAGUUGAAGAAGGAUGUUCUGGAGGGAAGGAUCACAUGCUCACUAGAUCAAGCUAUACGUUUAGCUAGCUUAGCAGUGCAAGCUGACUUUGGAGACUUCAAUCGAUAUGAUUCUCAGGAGUUCCUUCAGAAGUUUGCGCUGUUUCCUAUCGACUGGAUUCAAGAUGAGCGUGUGCUGGAGGAGGCCACUCAGAAAGUGGCCCUGCUCUAUCAGUCCUUCAGGGGUUUGUCAGCACCGGAGGCAGAAAUGCUAUACAUGCAGGAGGUGGAGAAAAUGGAAGGUUAUGGGCAGGAGAGCUUUCAAGCCAAGGAUGGUACGGGUGCAGAUGUUACCCUGGCGUCCUGCCUCGAUGGCAUCUUUGUCAAGUAUAAGAAUGGACGUCCCGAUCUAUUGUAUAGGUGGCAUGAAAUUAACAACGUGAGUCACAAUAGGUCCUUCUUUGCGGUGGAGCUGGCCAACAGAGAGGAGAGUGUUCAGUUCCAGACUGAAGACAUGGAAACCUCUAAAUAUGUGUGCCGGAUGUGUCUCGCCCGGCUAAAGUUUUAUAAGAUUAACAAGAGUAGCCUAGAGGAGUCUGACAGCCUGCCUUCUGAGGCCUCCCAGAAGUCCCUUCUCACUCUAUCCUUUCCUCGCUUUCCAAUGCUCUCUCGUACCUCUCUGCCUGCUAAUAAGGGCCAAACCCAGCCAACAACGGGCAACUCAGUGAGACGGAGAUCUUCCACAAGAAUAUCCCAGCCAAAGCCACCGACCUACAUGAGGCCGCCACAACAAAUGCAUUACAAUGGCCAUUUCACUGAGCCUUACACAUCCUCACAGGAUAACCUGUACAUGAACAAUCAGAACGGUUAUUACUACCACUCUCAGAGCAGCCUGGACUGCUCCCCUCUGGAAUACAGCGGAGGACGCUUACGUAAUGGCAGCGUGUACAGUGCCCACAGCACGAGUUCCCUGACCAAUCCCCAGCACUACCUUCAGCCCUCACCUAUGUCCUCUAACCCAUCCAUCACCAGUGAUAUCACCAGGCCGGAUUACAUCCCCUCUCACCGUCACAGCGCCCUAAUCCCACCUUCCUAUCGGGCAACUCCUGAUUAUGAGACAGUGAUGCGGCAGAAGAGUCGAGGUGCGGGGGGAGGAAUGAUGUUGUCCCAAGCACACCGUCAGAGCCACUCGAUGAGGAACUUAAACAUUGAAAACUCGUACGUCUACAGCCGACCAGACCCACUAGUUUACAGCCAACCAGAGAUAAGGGUAGAGCAUGGCAGUGCAUCCCAUCACUACCACUAUCCCUUUCAUCCGGGCUCCAGCUUCCACAGCCCUUCUCCAUACCCCUAUCCUGCAGAACGGAGGCCAGUUGUGGGUGCAGUCAGUGUUCCAGAGCUCACAAAUGUCCAGUUACAACAGGCACAAGAGUAUCCAGCCCCCAACAUCAUGAGGACCCAAGUCUAUCGACCACCUCCGCCGUACCCAUACGCUCAUCCCCGUCCCGCUAACAGCACGCCCGAUCUGUCGCGUCACAUGUACGUAAGCAGCAGCAAUCCAGACCUAAUCAUUACACGGCGUGUGCAUCACUCAGUCCAGACUUUUCAAGAGGACAGUCUGCCCGUCGCACACUCCCUACAAGAGGUCUCUGAGCCCCUUUUCAGUGGACCCCCACACAGACAGCCAUACCACAUUCAGAAGCGGAACUCCAUUGAGAUUGCCGGAUUGGCACACAGUCUAGAAGGGAUGAGGAUGAAAGAACAAGCUGUCUCUUCCUCGGCAGCAGAGACGGCCACACCGGUCCUGCAUGGCGGUCACUCGCAUGGUUCCCAGCUAAACGUGUUUUUGGAGCGCACAAAGACUGAGGAAAGGGAGGACAUUAAGGAGGACGUGCAGUAUGGACACAAAAAGUCCCUCUCAGAUGCCACAAUGCUUGUUCAUAGUAGCGGAGAUGAAGAGGACUUUGAGGAUGAGAGUGGAAGACACACCCCACACUCGGUGGACGCACAUAUUCCUGAGCAGCCUCCACUGCAGCACCACAACUUGACAGCCCUCUCCUCCCUUACGGCUCAGCAACAAACUCCCUUAGAGCCUCCCCCUGCGUAUCCUUUUGGGUCUGCCCUCGAUCCCUCUGUAACCGGCUCCUUGGCCUAUAAAGUUCACCCCUUGAUCCAAGAAGGCGAGCCCCUCUAUCUGCCGUCAGAUCUAAGACAUCCCAGAAUUAUGCCCUCCGUAUCCGAAGGCGACCUGAGUGACCAAGUCAAGCAAAAGUUGAGGAAAGACUUAAAGAAAAGGCCUGUGUCUGACGUGCCGUCUGGAAAGAAAACAGUAGAGGGUUUGCCCCCUCCGGGAAUGAAGAAAGGAGCCAGGUCAGAGGUGAGGAAGAUGGGCCCUCUGAAAGUCGCCCAGCUCAAUGGCCUGUCGGUGGCCAGGCAGCGAGUCCAUGACGAGGUCAAAGAUGAGCCGACGCAAGCUUCAAAUGACGAGAGGUGGAAGCUGUUGGAGCAGCACAUGGACAGGGGCGAGUUCUUAAAAGAAUACGAGAGCAUCCCUAAACGCCGGCCAGGGGGGGAGUGCAGCAUCGCCCUGCUGCAAGAGAACGCAGACAAAAACCGCUUCCAGGACGUCCUGCCCUACGACGACAACCGAGUGGAGCUGGUUCCCACCAAGGAGAACAACACAGGCUACAUCAAUGCGUCCCACAUCAGAGUAACAGUUGGUGGUCAGGAGUGGAGCUACAUUGCCACGCAGGGCCCCCUGUCCAACACGUGUCAGGACUUCUGGCAGAUGGUGUGGGAACAGGGUGUCUCCAUUAUCGCCAUGGUUACGGCCGAAGAGGAGAGCGGGCGAGAGAAAAGCUUCCGCUACUGGCCCCGGCUCGGCUCGCGCCACAACACGGUGACAUACGGCCGCUUCAAGAUCACCACAAGGUUCCGCACAGAGUCUGGCUGCUACGCCACCACCGGGCUGAAGAUCAAACACCUCCUGACAGGCCAAGAGAGGACGUUGUGGCAUCUGCAGUACACAGACUGGCCUGACCACGGCUGUCCGGAGGAUUUCAAAGGUUUCCUUACCUACCUAGAGGAGGUCCAGUCUGUUAGGAGACACACAAACAGCAUCAGCGACCCAAAGAACACGACCCAGCCCGUGCUGGUCCACUGCAGCGCCGGCGUGGGCCGCACCGGCGUGGUCAUCCUGUCCGAGGUCAUGAUAGCCUGCCUGGAGCACAAUGAGGCUCUGGACGUCCCAAAGGUUCUGAUGGCCCUGCGUGCUCAGAGGAUGCUGAUGGUGCAGAUGCUGUCUCAGUACACCUUCAUCUACAAAGUCCUCAUCCAGUACCUCCGGAACUCGCGUCUUAUCUGAUCAAAGGUCAAAACAAUACUGCGGGGUGGAAUUAGC